UGGGUGUGGUGCAGCCCACCUUGACCAUCCUCCCUCCCUCCAAAGAGGAGGAGAAGAAGAGUAGUGCCACUGUGGUGUGUCUGGCCACCGGGGGCUUCCCCUCAAACUGGACACUGGACUGGAAGAUGGGGGGCACCAGGAUGUCCUCGGGUGUGUCAACCAGCCUGGAGGUCCUGGAAACAAAUGGCCACUACAGCUGGAGCAGCACCCUGAGCCUCUCUGUAGACCAGUGGAAGAAGGCGGGCUCAGCAGGCAGACAGGCUUUCCAGAAGCUCACUUGUCUUUGUCCUGGUGGACAUUUACUGGGGAGAAAAAAAAGAUCAUUUUCAGGGGUUACAUGCUUGAUCAGAGUGUGGGAGGUUUUUGUACGGCCACUUAAUGAGUUUGUAUCACUGUGGUACACUUUUGGUGGAGGAACCAAACUCAUCAUUCACUCUGGCCCCAUGGUCAGACCCUCAGUCUCUCUGCUUCAACCCUCCUCUGAAAAGCUCUCUGGAGGCCCAGUCACACUGGCCUGCCUGCUGACCAGCUACUCUCCUCAGGGAGCUGAAGUGAGAUGGGAAGUAGAUGGCACAGAGGUGACAGAGGGGGUCCUGAACAGCUUAGAAGAAGAGAAGAGUAGUCGCUACAGCAGCAGCAGCACCCUGAUGCUGAGCCAAGACAACUGGAUGAACGCAGAGGUGUUCUCCUGCAGGGUGAACCAUCAUGACCACCGGCAGGCCAAGUCCUUCCGCAAGAACCGGUGUGAGGGCUAGAGGGGCUGCUGAAGUCCAGGACAGGAGCUUAGUGUGGGGGAGCAGGAGAUACAUCCCUGCUGCUCUGAUCAAUAUGAGUUUGAAAGUUUGCAGAUGAAGUUAUUUGAUAACAGUAACUUACACAGUGACAUGUGUAGCAGCUGGAUGUGAGUGUGCCUAAUAACUGCCAUAUUAAUGAUUCAUACUUUUGCCAAUAAAGCUUGCAGUGAUCCAUA